UUUGGGCUAUUAACUUCUGGACGCCAGCAACCCUUUACUGACCAACGUGACAGGGCGAGGCUGAGACAUCCUCACAACCGGGGGUUUGGAGCUGCUGCUCUCGGCCCUUCCAGGAGCCAUCAGGGAUCGGUCCGUGAUCCCAGGCACUCCAGCUGAAACGUCACGACUCCCGAAAACAAAAUCUUGGAUGGUGCCCAGAGACGAGGGAAAACUAAGAAAAUGUUGCAGUUUGUAGAGAUGGUGUACCUUCUGGUUUAUUUAUGUACAAUAUGGACAAUGUUCACUUCUUUCAGGAUAUGUGAAGCCAUGCCAUUGCAGUCGCAAAAGAAUACAACAAAUAUUUUGCAAUCAAGACCUUGCUGGGAAUAUGAAGAAUACAGCAUUGUAAGAGAAUGUAGACCUUGCACUGAUUACGAAAAGACUGUGCAUCCUGAAUGUAGAUUUACUGGUUUUAUUGAAGAGGUAAAGUGUGCAGAAGACCAGAGGUAUAGAAGCUGUCGUUCAGUUGAAUUGGAGGAACUGAAGUUCUGGAAGUUUGAAGGAAUUGUUGUUUUGAUGGGUGUAAUCUUUGCCAUUAUUGUUACUUUCCGUCAAAGGACCUUAGACAGACGUGCAGAGCAAAAAGUGCGACGACAACUUGAAGAGAUGUAAUUUCACAACAGUUACUAACAUUUGUGUUUGCACCCAAAGUAGUUCAGAUUGCUUUUCAAAUUAAUGUUAUUUUGAAUUGGUGAUCUUUAGUGUUCUAUCCAUUUUUAUAUUCAAUAUCCACCUGUAAAUGUAGGAAAAAUAGAUUUUGAUGUACUUAAAUUUGUUUUCAAUGCAGUCAUAAAUAUUAGGGUGUAAUUAUCUUUUGUGGUUAGACAAUACAUUUCUAUAAUAUUUAUAUGAAGAGAUAAAUUGUAAUAUAAAAAUCUAUUUAUAUAGGCAGUAUAAAAUGAAAGAGAAUAGUCUAUUCAGUCUGUUCAGUUCCUUAUUUUGUUAGCUAUUAGGAAAUGUGAUUAAUAGUACUUUUUACAUAUAUCUAUAAAAGUCAGUGUUCUUGUACUGAUUCCAGUAUAAAGUUCUUGUGUUACUGUUAUUUUUUGUACUUUGAACUGAAUUUGCCUGUUUAUAUUCCACCUCACCUGCCACAAUUCUCCCUUUCCCCCAUCCCAAGAAGAAAAAGAAAUCUACAUCGAAAUAGUGUAACAAAAAGCAAGAUAAGUCAUUUCAAAGUUUGUUUACAGAGAAUAAUAUUCUGAAGAAAUAAAGUGCAAAACUCAUAAUUUCUUUAAAUAAGGUUACUCUGCAUUUAAAAAAAAAUCUUCCUUGAAUCUUCAGAUUAGUUGAGCUUGUUGAGAAUUUGAUCAGGUAGUCCACAAUGUAAAACAAUCCUUCUUCCCUCUUUAGGUUGCAAGUGAGGGACUAAAGAAAAAUUUUGCUUUUCAACGUUUUCAAUGAAAAAUGUACACAGUCUAGUUCUUUUUUUUAACGUUGUUCCACAGAUUGAAUACAGUUGUAUUCUUCUCAACGUAAAUGCUUUUGAGAAUGCAGUAACACUAAAAUAACAAUAAUAACUGAUUUUUUUGGCUUUUUUAAAGAUUGAGGUAUACAAGUAAUUUCUUACAUUUCUCCCUUUUUUGGUCUUAGAAUCUCCCUGAACAAACAUACCAGUCCCAUUACCCCAAUUUCCACAAUUUAUUUUCUGGCACCUGCCUAUCAAUUUCUGUUAUCCUACUGCCACUGAUCUAAACAAGGGGCAAAUUACAGUGGGCAAUUUAUCUAUCAGUACAACUUUGUGACGUGGAGGAAAGAGGAUGAAGCUGUGCAGUUACAGGUAACAUUCCAACCUUCUCAUGGACAGCAUUUGAGGUUGGCAUUGAACUUAAUACUCUAUAGCAGUGCAGCAUCAGCCCUACCUCAUAUAUACCCCACAUAGUGAUUACAAAUAAAACACAAUAUGCUGGAAAUACUUACCAGGUCAGGGUGCAUUUGUUAAUAUUUCAAGUUGAUCGUCUUUCAAAAACUACAAGAGUCAGCAAAAGCAAGUUUCAAGAUGCAGGAGAAUGGGGCGGGAAGAGGUGAGAACAAAAGAGAGAGGCUAUGAAGGCAGGAGAGAACGAAUUGGUGGUAGAGUAGCCAUGAAGGAAGGUGAUUUACUGGAAAAAAAAGGUUGUCUAGAGAGGGAGUAAAUACAGAAUAACAUUACGAAAUUGUUAAAUUCAGAAGGUUAUAAUAUACCUCAACCAUCAUUUAAUUUCAGUACAACAGUUCUGAAGUUGAGGACAAAAAUGAGGCAAAUGAAAUGACAGGUAACUACAAACUCAGGUCAUGUUUUCAGACUGAGUAGAUAUUUUUCACAAAGUGGUCAGUCUCUUUUUGAAAUAAAGGAAAGAACAUUGUGAGUAGUGAGUACAGUAUACAAAAAUGAAAGUACAAGUUACUGCCUCAUGGAAAGGGUAUUUGGAGUACUGAGUGACAGAGAGGGAGGUACAGCAAUGCCUGAGGUAGCAAGGUAAGAUACUGACAGAAAUAGAGUGAGUAAAUAUUGGUGGAGAUGGAAGAGUGAAUCACAGUGAAACAGUCCUUUAGAAGAUGCUUUUGGUGAAAGCAUGGUGCAGUUGCUAGAAAAUUGAAAGUAAUCAAUAAAUAAAAAGGAUUUUAGAGGAAAAGUGAGGAUAAUUCUCCUCCUGAAUUAGGGAAUGGGGAAAGAUUAACUGUAUAUUGAAGAUUUUGUUCAUUUGAUUUAAUUAUUGUAUAAUACAAGUCAAGCUGAUUUUAUGUGUCCAGAACCUUAUCUAAAAAGUGCAUUAUAAUUUACUUAUUGGAUACUUCAUGCAGUGACAAUGAAUGAAGAUUAAUAAUGUUGAGGAAAAGUGGCUAUUUCUCUUGGUCAGUAUUAUGGCCACAGAGUGCAUUACUGCCAGCAGUAUAACUGAAGUCUACUCUGCAAUACCACAGCUCCCAUCAGUGGCAUAGUAUAUGGAUAUUGAAACACAAGUCAAAAUAUAUCCAAUUAGCUAUAUAGUAAAGGGAUUCAUCUUUUGCUUCAUCCUCCUAUACUCUGCCUUCGUACCUUUGCAGUGAAAAAGGGAACUGGGAAUUCAGCUAUGGCCACAGAUUAUGCAUGAAAUGAAUAACAGACUUUAAAAAAAUUAUAUCUUGGACAAAAGAAUCAAUUUCAAUUCAUAACCAUAAACAAACCCAAAUGCGCCUCUAAAGGUCAACACGGUUACCUAUUAUUUACCUUUUUAAAAGCUGUUUUUUUUAUUCAAUUAAUUUUUUCAAAGUAAAUUACUUUCAAAGUAGAUAUGUCACCACAUACUACCUUGAAAUUCAUUUUCUUGCAGUAAAUACAAUGAAACACAAUAGAAUCAACACAGAUGGACAAACACUAAUAUGUGAAAGAGAAACUCUGCAAAUACAAAAAGACAAAAAAAAACCCAAACAAUAAAUAUCAAGAAUAUGAGUUGUGGAAUCUUUGAAAGUGAACCCAUAGUUGUGGAAUCACUUCAGUGUUGGGUUCAAUGAAGUUAUUACUUCUGGAUCAAGACCUUGAUGGAUGAGGGGAAAUAAUUGUUCCCAAGCCUGGUGGUGUGGAACCUGAGCUUCCUAUACCUCCUACCUGAUGGCCUGGACGGUGGAGCACCUUGAUGAUAGAACUGCUUUCCUGCGACAGCACUUAUAGGUGUGCUCAAUAGCAGAGAGGGCUUUGCCUGCAAUGGGCUAGGUUGUAGGCUUUUCCACUUGCGGGCAUUGGUGUUUCCAUAUGAGAAGGUGAUGCUGCCGGUCAGUAUACUCUCCACUGCACAUCUAUAGAAGUUUAUCAGAAUUUUAGAUGACAUGCCAAAUCUUUUCAAACUUCUUAGAAAGUAGAGGCACUGCUGUGCCUUCUUUGUAAUGGAAGUUACAUGCUGGAUCCAGGACAGAUCCUCUGAAAUUAUAACGCCACGGAAUUUAAAGGUGCUGACCAUCUCUACCUCUGAUCCCCUGAUGAGAACUGACUCAUGGACCUCCGGUUUCCUCCUCCUGUAGUCAAUAAUCAGUUCUUUGCUUUUACUGACACUGUGUGAGAGGUUGCCAUUGUGGCAUCAUUCACUCUCCCUUGUAUUCAUCACCACCUUUAAUUCAACCCACAACAGUUGUGCUCUCCCUUGUAUUCAUCACCACCUUUAAUUCAAUCCACAACAGUUGUGUUGUCAGCAAACUUAAAUAGAGCAUUGAAGCUGCACUUAGUCUCACAGUGAUAAGUAUAAAGUAAAUGAUUAUUUCAAUUAAAAUUUCUAAUUUUGAAUUUUAUAGCUCUGACAAUCCUAAUGGUGUGCUGGUUCUUCUGUAACUUUGUGCUAUGGAAUGAGAUUUACUUCCUUUCAGGAAUUUCCUGGGAAAUUAUGGCGAUGGCCACUCCGAAGACCCAGCAGCGGACGAGCAGCAGGAGCGCCGCGAGCACGCCGCUCAGCCCGACCCGCAUCACCCGGUUGCAGGAGAAGGAGGAACUGAGGAACCUCAAUGACCGGCUGGCCGUCUACAUUGAUAAGGUGCGCUCGCUGGAGACGGAGAACAGCGCUCUGCAGCUGCAGAUCUCCGAGAAGGAGGAGGUGACCACCCGGGAGUUGAGCGGCCUCAGGAGCCUGUACGAGAAUGAACUGGCAGACGCCCGUAAAUCCCUGGACGAGACGGCGAAGGAUCGGGCACAGUUGCAGAUCGAACUGGGAAAGCUCCGUGGUGACCACGAUAGUCUUUUGCAAACCUUUGCCAAGAAAGAAUCUGAUCUACAUGCAGCACAGGUUCAUGUCAAAGAUCUUGAAAGUGCACUUCAUACCAAGGAAGCUAGCCUGUCUACAGCACUGAGUGGAAAAGAGGCCCUUGAGGAAGAAGUUGAGGAUUUGCAAGCACGUCUUUCAAAGCUGGAGGUCUCUUUAGCUGCUGUGAGGAAACAGCUUGAAGAUGAAACACUCUUGCGAGUGGACCUUGAAAACCGUUGUCAGAGCCUCACAGAAGAACUUGAGUUCAGAAAAAAUGUAUACGAGGAGGAAAUCAAAGAAACUAAAAAGAGACACGAGACCCGUCUGGUUGAAGUGGAUACAGGUCGCUUGGUGGAAUAUGAGCAUAAACUGGCCCAAGCUCUACGAGAAUUAAGAGAACAACAUGAUCAACAGGUGAAAAUCUAUAAAGAAGAACUGGAGAAAAAUUUCCAGAAUAAGCUUGAAAACUCAAAGCUUGCUUUGGAGAUGAACACCAAGUCGGCCAAGGCAACUGAGGAGGAGCUAAAGGAAAAUUACAUGCGGAUAGAGAACCUCAGCACUCAGUUAUCAAAUUUGCAAAAAAAUGCAAAAAUGUGGCAAGAACGAGUCCAGGAGUUGGAAGAAUCUCUGGAAAAAGAAAAAGAUGGAAAUCGGAGGCUCUUGCUAGAAAAGGAGAAGGAAAUGGCUGAAAUCAGAGCACAGAUGCAACAACAGCUAAAUGAAUAUGAAGAUCUUUUGGAUGUCAAGUUAGCUUUGGAUAUGGAAAUUAAUGCAUACAGGAAACUGUUGGAGGGUGAAGAAGAAAGAUUGAAGUUGUCGCCUAGUCCAUCUUCACGCGUGACCGUUUCUCGUGCCACAUCAAGUCGCAGUGUCCGCACAGCUCGCGGAAAGAGAAAGCGUGUUGAUGUUGAAGAGUCUGAGGCCAGCAGUAGUGUUAGCAUUUGCCAUCAUGCUUCUGCCACUGGGAAUAUCGUCAUAGAGGAACUGGAUGUAGAUGGCAAAUUCAUACGCCUUAAGAACAAUUCUGAACAGGAUCAACAUAUGGGUGGCUGGGAGCUGAUCAGAAAGAUUUGUGAUACAACUGCCUCUUACAAGUUUACUACUAAGUAUGUGCUGAAGGCUGGACAGACUACUACUAUCUGGGCUGCUGAUGCUGGUGUAGCAUCUACUCCACCAAGCAAUCUGAUCUGGAAGAAUCAAAAAGCCUGGGGCACAGGGGCAGAUGUGAAAGUAACUCUCAGGAAUUCUCAGGGAGAGGAAGUGGCUGAGAGAACUACAGUCUUUACCACUACUCCACCAGAGGAAGAGGAGGUGGAGGAGGAGGAAGUUGAGAUUAAAGAUGAAGACCUUUUCCAUCAACAAGGAGAUCCAAGAGCAGCUAACAGAAGCUGUGCAGUAAUGUGAUCAGCAUCUUCCAAGACCACUUCUUCAAAAACUUAUUACUGCCUAUGUUAAACUUUUAAUAUUUAGAAAUUCAAAAUAUUUUUGUAUUUUGUAUUUUAGAUAUUUUCAUUUCCUUUUGUACACAUGACAUGGUUCAGGACUUUUUUUAUAUUAUUACUGAGCAUUUUUAGAACAUUGCAAGGACUAGAAUUUAACAAAACUUAAUGUGAAUGACUUUUUAAAACUACAGAAGAUGUUUAUCUGAACCUGAUUACAGAUGAAACCAAUGAAAAGUAAUUUGUGUGGUUUCAGACACCAGAGUCAUCUUGGGCAGCUUGCAAGUGUGCACUUGACUUUGAAUUCAAAUCUAUAGCAGGAAAUGGGUGAAAAGGCAUUUUUGGUGAAGACUUGUAAAUUUAUAAAUAGAACAGCACAUUAAUCUUGAUGUCUUUUUUAAAAUUGUUAAUGCUAAGUUGGCCAAAAUGUACCACAAAAAAAACUUUGAAAACUUGUUUGUAGUGUACCCUUUUAGUGGAGGGGAAUAUGGUAUGCAGACGUUUUAACUAGGUGGUGGCCUACUUGAGUUUCCAAGGCAAAUAUAAAUAAAACUUGUUAUUUUCUGGAGCUGAAUCUGGAUCUUUAAAUUUCAAGGCAGAGCAAAGUAGUUUUGAUUAAAAUUGGCACCAUUACCAGUUCCUUGAGUAUUUCUAAAUUUGAAUGUGAUCUUGAUGGCGUUUCAGCUUCCUUUAUGCACUUUUCUGCUUUUCAAGAUUUAUAAUAA